CUGUUAGCCAUUAGCCACCUAGCUCCCCGCUGCUCUGCGUGUCUGACGGCAGCCUCCGGAGCUUCUGUCCGGUAGCCUGAGCUGCUACCGGCGGCUUCCAACUGACUGUCCGCUGCAGGCUGCUGCUGCCGCCUUACACACUGGUGCUCCGUGUCAGACUGAGCAACCGGUCGGGUCUCCGGAGGACGGAGUUUAUCCUCCAGGUUUAAUAAAAACAGUCUGAAUUUCAGUCCCGGCGUCGGUCAGGAGCUAGUUAGACCCACAGACAGCUCCUAUCCCGUUAGCCAGCUAGCUAGCCCCUGGAGCUACUUCGCAGGCUAAUGCUAAUCCAAAACCCCUUAAAGACUCUCGACUGAAUUUGAAUUUUUAUCCCCCACCGAGUGUCAGGAGGAGCAGACAGACGCCGGGCGUCAUGGCUGCCGAAGCAGCGACUCCGGCGGAGUUGCAGCCUCGCUGGAAACGUGUCUUGGACUGGAACGGCCCGGUUCCGAGGCCCCGGCACGGACACCGGGCUGUUGCCAUCAAGGAGCUGAUGGUGGUGUUCGGUGGAGGUAACGAGGGGAUCGUGGACGAGCUGCACGUCUACAACACUGCGACCAACCAGUGGUUCGUCCCGGCGGUCCGUGGUGACGUUCCUCCCGGUUGUGCUGCUUAUGGUUUCGUGUGCGACGGGACGCGACUGCUGGUGUUUGGAGGGAUGUUGGAGUACGGGAAGUACAGCAGCGACCUGUAUGAGCUGCAGGCCAGUCGCUGGGAGUGGAAGCGUCUGAAGGCCAAACCUCCGAGGAACGGUCCGCCCCCCUGCCCCCGUCUUGGACACAGCUUCUCUCUGAUUGGCAGCCGCUGUUACCUGUUCGGAGGACUGGCCAAUGACAGCGAAGACCCCAAGAGGAACAUCCCCAGGUACCUGAACGACCUGUACUGCCUGCAGCUGCGUCCAGGCUCCAGCGUGGUUGCCUGGGAGAUUCCGGUGACAUCAGGUGAGGCUCCGCCUCCCAGAGAGAGUCACACGGCGGUGGUGACGAGCAGCAGGCUGAUCAUCUACGGAGGGAUGAACGGCUGCAGGCUGGGAGACCUGUGGUUCCUGGACAUAGACUCUCUGGUGUGGAGCAAACCAGCCCUCAGUGGGACUGCCCCCCUCCCCCGCAGCCUGCAUUCUGCCACUGCCAUCAACAACAGGAUGUUUGUGUUUGGAGGUUGGGUUCCUCUGAUGAUGGAUGAAGUUAAAGUGGAGACUCAUGAGAAGGAGUGGAAGUGCACCAACACACUGGCCUGCCUCAACCUGGACUCGUCGUGCUGGGAGACGGUUGUGAUGGACAGCGUGGAGGACAGCGUCCCCAAAGCUCGGGCGGGUCACUGCAGCGUGGCCAUCAACUCCAGACUCUAUGUGUGGAGUGGCAGAGAUGGAUACCGCAAGGCCUGGCACGGCCAGGUGUGCUGCAAGGACCUGUGGUAUCUGGAGACAGAGCGUCCCUGCGCCCCGUCCCGGGUACAGCUAGUCCGGGCCAACACGUCGUCUCUGGAGGUGAGCUGGGGGCCGUCUCAGACCGCUGACACCUACCUGCUGCAGCUGCAAAGGUGCGAUGUUCCUGCCUCACCUGUGACCCCCUCACCUGGAUCCAGCCCCGCCCUCACCAUCACACCUGGAGCUCCGUCAUCGGCCGUCCAGAGCGCCCUCCUGGCCGCUACAGCGCCAGGUGAGUGUCACACCUGUACAGGUAGAUGCAGGACAGGCAAAUGGGACUGUCCCUCACCUGUCAGCUGUGUUUCUGCAGCCGUCCUGAAGGUGGCAGCAGCUCCAUGCUCAGUUGGUGGAGCCUCCAUCAGCACAGUGAGACAGGCCACGCCCACAUCUCCGGUUGCCAUGCCGACUCUCCCCGCAGGUGUCGGUGUUAACGUACCUGCUCGGCCCGGUCAGACGCCAAUCAGCAGCAGUCCUCAUAUGAGCAGCAUGGCUGAUCUGGGAGCUGAAGCUGCAGCGACACAGAAGAUCCCUCCAUCCAGAAACGUCACAUUAACGCCUGCAACGAAGAUCAGUCCAGAACCCAGCAGCAUGAAAGUGAUUGGUAACCUGGGGAAGGUCAUGUCAGCAGUUCAGAGCAGAACUGCUACUGGUCAGACUGGGAGCAGCCCAGUAACCCAGAUUCUCCAGACAAAGGCCGCUCUGCCUCCAGGAACCAUCUUGAAAUUGGUGACGUCUGCAGAUGGGAAGCCCACCACCAUCCUGAGCACCGUGCAGGCUGGAUCCAAACCCACCAUCAUCAAGACCAUUCCAGUGUCAGCGCUGCAGGGGGCAGCAGGUGGCAACAGUCCAAUCACAUUCCUCACCACCAAGAUGGGGACGCCAGGAACAGCCGGAAAAAUAAUCACCGCCUUCCCCAAGAUCUCUGCAGCCAGCCAGCAGGGGGUCACACAGGUAGCUAACACACAGGUGGUGCUGAAAGGAGCUCCAGGUACAGCAGGUAGAAUCCUCAGGACCAUCCCAAUGGGUGGAGUUAGGCUGGUCUCACCUGGAGCCAUCGGCACCAUCGCCACAGUGGUCGUCAAGGCAACUACAGCAGGUGUCUCCAUGAGGACAGUAACAGGAAGUGUCUCCACGGUUGCUGGAGGUAACGCCUCCCUGGUGACGUCCAUCACCAACUUAGCAACCAUCGCCACGGCAACCGCAGCCACACUCCAACAGGUGACUCUGGCCACGCCCCCCAGCGGCGCAGAGCCUCUGGUCCAGGAUCUUCCCGCCUCCAUCAUGGCGUCUCCGACCUCAGAAGAGCCCAUCAGUACUGCAAGUACUACUGCAGAGGGAGACUCAGGAGACACUGCAGUGAUGCUGGUCUGCUCCAACCCGCCCUGUGAGACACACGAGACUGAAACCACCAACACUGCCACCACUGCUGGGGCAGGAGGGGUCCGACAGAUGUGUUUUAACCCACCGUGUGAGACACAUGAGACGGGAACCACCAACACCGCCACCACCGCCACAGCUCAGCGGGGCGGAGACAGUCUGCAGGGAGAAUCCGCCUCUGACUCCUCCCUCUCCUCAACAGCCAAUCAGAACAGAGCUGUCACCACUGUUACACAAGCCACGCCCACACCUGGACCAUCCAUCCCUGAGAUCUCCUCGUUGUUCAGAGAGGAGGGGGUGGAGUCUCUGGAGGCCGUCACUAUGGUGAUGGGAGUAGGUGAAGGGGACGAGCCUGUGCAGACAGACAGCCAGUCAGAGCAUGUGAUGUCAUCAGCUGCGUCAGUGUUACAGAUUCACGUAGAGGGAAGCACACAGAUGAUGUCAUCAGAUGGCAGCCUACCUCAGGAGCUGAUGUCAUCAGAAUUGGACGGUGGUGAGGUGGUCUCCAGGACGACAACGUUGAUGGUGACAUCAGGACUGACCACAGAUCAGCUGAUUGUCACUACGGCAACAGAGGAGUCUACUCACCAGGCAACGAUACAGGCAAUACUACAGGCAACAGGUGGCACUGAGGUUUGUUCGGAGCCAUCCAUCCCUCUGGUUCUGACCCAGCAGGAACUGGCAGCUCUGGUCCAACAGCAGCAGGACCUCCACCAGCCAGAACCAGUACCACGGCACACUGUCCCCACAGAAGGCCUUGCUCCAGCUGACAGCCUCAAUGACCCGGCAGCAGAGAGUCACGGACACGAGAUGACGUCGUCAGCCGUAACCUGCGCUGUCACCCGAUUGGCCAGCACUUUUGGCCCCGCCCCAACUCUAAUGGCUGGUCAGGUCAAGAUUCAAACUGCAUCAGCGCUGACACACGUGACCAAUGGCAUCACAGCAACGGCAGCGAAGCAGGUGAAGCCAGCAGUGAAAGACUCUCAGUGGUUCGACGUCGGCAUUGUCAAAGUUACCAACAUGGUGGUCACUCAUUACUACGCCCCCGACAGCGACGACACGGCUGCUGACGACUCAGGUGUGCUGCCAGACUACAGCCAGAUGAGGAGGGUGGAGCUCCAACCAGGCACUGCCUACAAGUUCCGGGUCGCCGGCAUCAACAUCUGCGGCCGCGGCGCCUUCUCCAAGGUGUCGACGUUUAAGACGUGCCUUCCCGGUUUCCCCGGAGCGCCGUGCGCCAUCAAGAUCAGUAAGAACCUGGACGGCGCCCAGCUCACCUGGGAGCCUCCCACUGUCACGACUGGGCAGAUCACAGAGUACUCGGUGUACCUGGCCAUCCGGUCCAACCAGACCUCCUCCGGUUCUGGUUCGGCCCAGCUGGCCUUCAUGAGGGUCUACUGUGGUCCGACCCCAUCCUGCUGGGUCCAGACCUCCAGCCUCGCCAACGCCCACAUCGACCACACCACCAAACCCGCCGUCAUCUUCCGCAUCGCCGCCCGCAACCAGAAGGGCUACGGACCGGCCACGCAGGUCCGCUGGCUGCAGGAAUCCAGCAAAGACAUCAAACCUGCUGUGAGGAGAACCGGAACUCCUGAUCAUAAACCUAUUGGACCAAAGAAGUUCAGAACCGACCAAUAGGAGGACUGUGAUUGCUUCCUGUCGUCUUAAGCUCCACCUUGCACCUGGUUCCCAUGACGACGAGAAGGAGGCAGAGUUUUGAGUUAUGUCAAGGACUUGUAGGAUAUUUGUACAUUAUUGACCAAUCAAAAUUCUUCUGUGUUGUCAUGGAGAUGGUGUGUGGGCGGAGUCAGUUUAAGUCGAAUGUAGAUGUAGCUGAGGUCACGAGUGGGAGAGGCCUCUGUGGAGGGGCGGGGCUAACCUGUUUUUUAUAAAGUUCUUCUUCAGUGGUUUCUGUUUGUGAAUAUUUUCUGCAACAAUAAAGACUUUUAGAGCA